UUAAGCUCUACCUGCCAAGGCUACUGACAUCCGCAUUCACAAAGCGCCUUAAGGUUUGCAAAGCGCGCUUUCCAUACGCUAUUUCUGAGAUUUUCUAUUUUGUACAUACGUUGUUUUGUAUAUACUGUAUAUGAUGACUUCAGUGGGCAGUGAACGUUCCCGGGGCACUCGGGACAAAACUCAGAUUUCAACCACACAGAUGACACAGCCACCAAAACAAGUAGUACAGGCAACAGCUGAACAAAUUCGCCUCGCUCAAAUGAUCUAUGAUAAGAAUGAUGCAGACUUUGAAGACAAAGUUAAACAGCUUAUGGAAGUAACAGGGAAAAACCAGGAUGAAUCCAUAGUGGCCCUGCAUGAUUGCAAUGGAGAUGUGAACAGAGCCAUCAACAUAUUGCUGGAAGGGAACUCAGACACGACUUCGUGGGAGACUGUAGGUGGUAAAAAGAAGAGUAUUGGAAAAGAGAGCUCAGAAAACAAAGAGAAUAGAGAAAAGAGAAAUGAUAAAGAAACAAGUCGUGUUCGUGGAAGCAAUAACCGCCGGGGAAGAGGUGGCAGUCGUGGCAGAGAAUUUAGAGGUGAAGAGAAUGGCGUUGACUGUAAUCCAGGGGAUAGACCGUCAGAUCGUGGCAAGCGUGGCCGCAUUAGAGGAUUUGGACGUGGGAGAGGGAGAGGAGCAGGGCGUUUCUCAUCCCAAGGCAUGGGGACAUUUAACCCUGCAGACUAUACAGAUUCUUCAGUCACUGAUGGCUUUGGGACAAAACCAGAAGUUUGGGAAGCUGGCCAGAAUGAUACAGAUGAUGGAUCUGAACCAGCACAGAGUGGACAUAAUCUUGCUCAAGACCUGCCAAGGAAAAAUAAUUUUGGACUCAAAGGGGCUUGGAAGAACUCUAUGGAAGAGUGGACAACAGAAGACUGGAAUGAAGAUCUUUCUGAAACGAAGGUAUUCACUGCUUCUUCUGUUCCAGCUGAAAAUCAUGUCUCACCUGGACAAAGCAUUGACUUGGUGGCCUUGCUCCAGAAGCCUUCAACUUCUACCCAAGUCCCAGAAGUCAACUCAUUUGAACCUUCUCAACAGCAGGGCUUUGGCCAAGCCCUGGUCUUCACAAAUUCUCAACACAACACUCAGAUGGCAUCAGGAACUAGCAGCUCUAGUACUGUCAACUCUUAUUCUCCCCAAAGUCUGUCUUCAGUUCUUGGUUCUGGGUUUGGAGAGCUUGGUUCCUCAAAGAUGACAAACCCCACUGGUUCCCAGAUCUUGGACCAAUUGAAAUCUCCAAGUCUGGGCCAGUUCAGCACGCAAAGUUCACAACAAAACAGCACUAGUCCUCCUACCACCACUUCUACGUGGGAUCUUAAACCCCCAGUUCCCCAAUCCUCUAUAAUGAAUCAGUUUGACUUCAAAUCUCAGCCUGAGCCAUCCCCAGUUUUAAGCCAGUUGAGCCAGCGACAACAACAACAGACCCAGCCCAUCCCUGUUCCUCCUCCUGGAAUGGAGAAUUUCUCCUCCCAGAUAAAACUCCGAGAAAACUCCAGAGACAAUGCCCCAGCUGUGAACAAAAUGCUGCAGCUCCCUAGCAUGUCUGCAGAAAACCAAGCAGUGUCAGCUCCGCAAACUCAGCCAAAACAGAUCAAACCCCCAAAACGGAGAGUACCACCAUCUUCCAAGAUCCCUGCAUCUGCAGUGGAAAUGCCAGGAUCAGCAGAUGUUACAGGGUUAAAUGUUCAGUUUGGAGCUCUGGAAUUUGGAUCGGAACCUUCUCUCCCUGAAUUUGGAUCAGUCUUGAGCAGUGAAACUAGUAAUCAGGCCCAAAUCAGCUUGUAUCCAAAACCUGUAAGUGAUCCUUUGAAUACCUCUUUGCCAAUAUCCAAUACAGUACAGGAGUCGACCUAUACAACCUCCGUCAUCACCUCUUCCAGUUUGACCAACUCAUCUCAGAGCACUAGUCCCGUAACAACAUCUUCCUCCUACGACCAGAAUUCUGUGCAUAGCAGGAUAGCAUACCAAAGCUCCAUGGCUCCAUCUGAAACAACUUCUAUCGCUGUCACAAAUGGACAUGGUGGUGUUCGAACUCAGCAAACACUAGACACUACUUCAUCUGUUGCAGCACCGAAGACAACGGAAACCUCUCCCUCUCUUCCGACUCUGGGCGCUCUGCCAAGCACAGCUUCCAGUACUACGCUUCUGCCUUCAGCAACCCCACAUACGACCACACUGCCUUCCUUGCCCCAAUCCAGUGACUUGUCAAGUGGCUCUCUCUCUCAGCUAAGCAGUUCAAUGUCCAGUCAUCAGAACAGCCUUUCCUCUGUAUCAUCAGCACUAACAUCAAGUACAUCACACACACAUGUGAGUGCUGAGAGUGCAGCCUCGCUUCAGUCCUCUACCACCUUCUCGACUGCUUCAGCCUCUGCUACCAGCACCACCUCUUCAGUUGUCAGCAUGGCCAACAGCAUGAACACUACAAACAGCCUUGGUCUGAGUGUCACCAGCGUCUCUAUGCCGAGUGCAACCACCAGGGCAGCGCCCUUAGUUUCUUCAGGCAAAGCUCCCCCCAACCUACCCCAAGGUGUCCCACCCCUUCUACAUAACCAGUACAUUGUGGGUCCUGGAGGACUCCUACCUGCCUACCCACAGAUUUAUGGUUAUGAUGAUCUCCAGAUGCUCCAAUCCAGGCUACCAAUGGCACCUCCUCUACUGAUGACUCCUUUUCAGGAUUAUUAUGGAAUUACAUUCCCUGCUCCUGCGACCCUCACCGGCAGAGAUGGGAGCCUUGCUAAUAACCCAUACUCAGCUGGGACUGCUUCCUGCAGAGUAGAAGAGGUCAGCCCUUGGACCUGGUGCCUUCCCCCUGCAGGUGAUGUAACGAAGUUUGGCCGAGGAGAUUCUGCAUCCCCUGCCCCCACCACCACUCUGGCUCAGCCACAGCAGAACCAAUCUCAGACCCACCACACGGCUCAGCAGCCCUUUCUCAAUCCCACACUGCCUCCUGGCUACAGCUACACUGGGCUCCCUUACUACGCAGGUGUACCCAGCGCCUUCCAGUAUGGGCCAACUAUGUUUGUCCCUCCUGCUUCAGCUAAACAACAUGGAGUGAAUCUGAACACCGCCACUGCCCCCUUUCAGCAGGCUAGUGGCUAUGGCCAGCACAGCUAUGGAGCAGGUUAUGAUGACUUGACCCAGGGGACGGCAGCCGGAGAUUACAGCAAAGGAGCCUAUAGUGGUUCCUCGCCAGCACAAAACAAGUCUGCUGGUUCUGGACCUGGAAAAGGGGUGUCAGUGACCUCAAGUAAUACAGGUGUGCCUGACAUAGCUGGUUCCGUGUACAACAAGACUCAGACAUUUGACAAACAGGGAUUCCACGCCGGCACCCCACCACCGUUCAGCCUGCCCUCGGCUCUGGGCUCCACAGGCCCUCUGACCCCUGGUGCCGCCCCUGGUUAUGCCCCAGCCCCGUUCUUGCAUAUCCUGCCUGCCCACCAGCAGCCCCAUUCCCAGAUGCUACACCACCACCUGCAGCAGGAUGGGCAGGGUGGCUCUGGCCAGCGUAGCCAACCCAGCACCCUGCAGCCAAAGUCUCAGGCCACCAAACCCGCCUAUGGCAGUUCUCCAUACUGGACAAACUGAGCCCCCUGGGGGGGAGGGGGAAGACACUGGACCUGAGAGGAGAACCAACACACAGAGACCCAUUCUUGGAGACCGGCGUCAUUUUAUUAGAAGAAUAUUUACGGAGAAACAGUAACUGUCUCAGCCAAGAGUCUGUCUUGGGGGAGCAUCUAUCUGAUUGCCCCUGAUUCACUGUUGUAUGUAAUAUAUUUAUGUAUGUAUUUGUAAAUGUCAUAGAAGCCUACAUACGUGUGGUGUCUUCAGCCUGCAGCUGUGUGCGCUCUCCGUUGGGAAAGAGGAUCCUCCCCUUCCCCCGUGUCUCUCCUUUGACCCCCCCAACUCUCUGGGCUUCCACUCUGUCCCACCUGCUCUGACAGGGGUGUGGGAGGAGAGUGGGGGUAUGGGGAAAGGGAGAGGGCCCUCAGUCAAGGCAGUUCAGGUUUGCAGGGGCCCUGGUACACAUGAAGAAUCAAGGUGUUUUUGUUUUUUUUCUCUCUCUUCCCCCUCCCCUCCAUGCCAUUGAGUUUUUGUUCCCUAUGUUGGUUUUGCUGUUAAAAAUUUUUUUUUAACCACCAUUCUGUCAUUCGUCCCAUCCCAUCUCUUCCCCCAGCCUGUUGACGUUCACUCUGGCCUGAUGACAGCAGAAGUGUCCCAUCCCCUCCCUAAGGUGAAAUUGGACUUGGGCCAUGUGUCUGUGUAGGGGAGGCCUCACCCUCCAAGAACUUUUUUUUUUUUUUACCAUCUGGGCCUCAGCCUGUGUAGUUUCUGAAACUGUCUCUGUUCCCACUCUUAUACCUGGCCAACUACUCAUACCCCAAUCUCCCUUUAAAAAGAAAUCAGACAAAACCCCCUACAACCCAACAAGAACACAGGCAUGGAUUGUGGCUGUUCCUACUGUCCUGUACCAAUUUGGGUGACCGUUUCAGAAGUUUCAUUUCUUUUUAGCCCAAACUCCACAUAAUAAAGUUCUAAGAGUA